UGUCUACUUUUGGCCACAAGACUUCAUCUUUGGAGCGGAUGGAGGAGGAGGGCGAUGACGAUGAGGAGGAUGAUGAAUUGGACAUCUUCGGGGGUUAUGACAGCUUCCGGGGCUACAACAGCAGCAUGGGCAGUGACAGCAGCUCCUGUCUGGAUGAGUCUAGUGAUGAUGAGGUGGCAGACCGGGAAGCUGGAGAGCUUCCGACCUCUCCUGUGCACCAGCCGUCCACAGGCCGGCUCACAGAGGACAGCGGCUCCGAGCCAGCUGUGUGCGAGAUGUGUGGCAUUGUGGGCACCAGGGAGGCUUUCUUCUCCAAGACCAAACGUUUCUGCAGUGUCUCCUGCUCCAGAAGCUACUCCUCAAACUCCAAGAAGGCCAGCAUCCUGGCCAGACUGCAAGGGAAGCCACCAACGAAGAAAGCUAAAGUCCUGCACAAGGCAGCCUGGUCGGCCAAGAUUGGGGCCUUCCUCCAUUCGCAGGGAACGGGGCAGCUGGCAGAUGGGACACUGACAGGCCAGGAUGCACUCGUCCUGGGCUUUGACUGGGGAAAGUACCUGCAGGAGCACGGCUUCAAGGCAGCUCCUGUCAGCUGCUUCAAACAUGUGCCACUCUUCGACCAGUGGGAUGAUGUGGUGAAAGGUAUGAAAGUGGAAGUGCUGAACAGUGAUGCCGUGCUCCCCAGCCGUGUGUACUGGAUUGCAUCCGUCAUCCAGACUGUAGGGUACAGGGCCCUUCUGCGAUAUGAGGGCUUUGAGAAUGAUGCUGGCCAUGACUUCUGGUGCAAUUUGGGUACAGUGGAUAUUCACCCCAUUGGCUGGUGUGCCAUCAACAGCAAAAUCCUGGUACCACCACAAACUAUCCAUGCCAAGUACACUGACUGGAGAAGUUACCUCAUGAAAAAACUGGUGGGAGCCAGGACCAUCCCAGUGGAUUUCCACAUCAAGAUGGCGGAGAGCAUGAAGUACCUGUUCCGGCAAGGCAUGCGGGUGGAGGUGGUGGAUAAGAACCAUGUGUCCCGGACGCGCAUGGCAGUGGUGGACACGGUGAUCGGGGGCAGACUGAGACUCCUCUAUGAGGAUGGCGACAGCGAUGAUGACUUCUGGUGCCACAUGUGGAGUCCCCUCAUCCAUCCUGUGGGCUGGUCACGGAGAGUGGGCCACAGCAUGAAGAAGACGGAAGAAAAACGCAGUGACAUGGCAAACCAUCCCACCUUCCGGAAGAUUUACUGUGAUGCUGUCCCCUAUCUGUUUAAGAAGGUACGAGCUGUUUAUGCUGAAGGUGGAUGGUUUGAGGAAGGCAUGAAGCUGGAGGCCAUUGACCCCCUUAAUCUGGGCAACAUUUGUGUGGCCACUGUUUGCAAGGUCCUCUUGGAUGGGUAUCUCAUGAUCAGCAUUGAUGGAGCCACGUCUGCUGAUGGCUCUGACUGGUUCUGCUAUCAUGCCUCCUCACACGCCAUCUUCCCUGUCAACUUCUGUCAGAAGAACAGCAUCGAUCUGACCCCUCCAAAAGGGCAAGAUGCACAGACCUUCAACUGGGAAAAUUACCUGGAAAAGACUAAAUCAAGACCUGUUCCAGCACGGCUCUUCAACACAGACUGCCCAAACCAUGGCUUCAAGGCAGGCAUGAAGGUGGAAGCAGUGGACCUGAUGGAGCCCCGGCUCAUCUGUGUGGCCACAGUGAAGCGUGUAGUCCACCGUCUCCUUAGCAUCCAUUUUGAUGGCUGGGACAACGAGUAUGACCAGUGGGUGGACUGCGAGUCUCCAGAUAUUUAUCCUGUGGGGUGGUGCGAGCUGACAGGCUACCAGCUUCAACCACCUGUUGUUCCAGAGCCCACAACUCCAGUGAAGGCCAAGGAGGUGCCCAAGAAGAAGAAGAAACCCUAUGGAAAGAAGAGUGAGUGAUGUUUGAUUAGUGCCCUCCCGCUCGCUCGCAGGCUGGGCGCAGUUAGAGGAACCCUGUCCAUGUCCCGUCAGAGCAGGAGAGAGAGGCCUUUUGCUGUGGAUGCCCUCAGUUAGCUGUGGGUUUGACAACAGCUUCAUCCUUCUUAACUGCCCCCAUUGCCUAAGAGAGCAGAGAGCUGUGUGUGUGGGAAGGAUCUGUUUUGCAGUCUGUUUUCUGUUGGCCGAGGUAUAGAUGGUGCUUGCUUCCAGGCGUGAGGUUGUGCUGCUUUCCCCACUGUGUCCAUGGUUGGAGGGAGAUGGUUUGCUGCAGCUGGAAGGUAGCUGGAGAGCAACCCUGCCUGCUUUGUGCUGAGGGAAAGAAGGCCUUAAGAUGGCUGAAGAGGCCAGUAGCGGGGCUGGACCAUGUUAUUGUUUCAUCUUGUCGUUGUUGUUGUCAUUGUUGCA